CUAUCGAAGCUCGUUCAGCGGCAAUUUUCGAUCGCACUGCCGUGUGAGCCGGUCCUGUAUCAUUUGCCAGCACACCGCAUCGCUCAUCAGAUAGUAAGAUGGCGUUAAUAUACGUACUGGUUUGUAUCUCAAUGAACGUGCUCCUGGUUACGGGACAAAAGAAGGACGACAGCGUGCAUAAUAGGGACAACAUUGAUGACCUCCUUGCCGAGGUAUACGGAACUUCAUCAACCGAGAGUUCGCUGGGUCAAGAUCAUAAUGGUCAAGAUCAUAAUAUGCCCCAACAAGGUUGCGAGUGCGUCCCCUACUACCAGUGCAACGACAAGAACAACACCUUUAACACGGAUGGCGUCGAUCUUAUUGAUAUCAGGAUCAGAGACGGGCCGUGCGUGAGCUACAUGGACGUCUGCUGCGCGGAGCGGACGGUGGACCCGGAGCACCCGGACGUCCACCCGGUGACGUCGCCCAAGACCCCGACGCACCCGUACGAGCGGAGCGGCUGCGGGCACCGCAACGAGGAGGGCAUCGGGUUCCGGAUCACGGGGGCGACCAACAACGAGGCCCAGUUCGGCGAGUUCCCGUGGAUGGUGGCCAUCCUCAAGGAGGAGCCCUGCAACUGCAACUCCAGCCACAUGCUCAACGUCUACCAGUGCGGCGGCUCCCUCAUCAGCCCCGCCGUUGUCCUCACCGCCGCCCACUGCGUUCACCAGAAACAAGCGGAGUCGCUGAAAAUUCGCGCGGGUGAAUGGGACACGCAGACGAAGAGUGAACUUUUCCCUCACUACGACCGCCGCGUGCGGAACAUAAUCCUCCACGAGCAGUACUACGCCGGCGCCCUCCACAACGACGUGGCUCUCCUCAUCCUGGACGAGCCCCUCGAGUAUAAGGAGAACAUCGACGUCACGUGCCUACCCCACCAGGACGAGAGCUUCGACGAGCACGACUGCUUCGCCACCGGCUGGGGCAAAGAUGUAUUCGGCAAAGAGGGAAAAUACCAGGUGAUCUUGAAGAAGGUGCAGCUACCAACAGUGCACCGAACCCAGUGCCAAGCAGCUCUGAGAGAAACGAGACUUGGAGCACACUUUAAACUUCAUGAAAGUUUUAUCUGCGCCGGAGGAGAGCGAGGAAAAGACACUUGCAAGGGAGACGGUGGUAGCCCUCUGGUGUGCCCGAUCCGGUCCCGGCCGGGGUACUACGCGCAAGCCGGAAUCGUUGCUUGGGGCAUCGGCUGCGGCGAGGACGGCACUCCUGGCGUCUACGUCAACGUCGCCAAAUUCCGAAACUGGAUCGAUAACAAAAUCGAACAGCACCACUUGGACACCUCCGCGUACUCUUACUCGUAACAUCCUCACAAACAAGAAGGGGUAUAAUCCCAAACAACGACAUCAACGUCGAAAAUGAACGAAAAUUAGGGUCUGUCCUGGUCAGAGACAUGAAACCCUCCACUGGCCUCUUGUCGACAGGCAGAAGCUUUUCCUUUCGGGGAUUCAACACUUCCUCAUGGACAAUUAAAAGGGAGCAACAGAUAUCACUCUUUUUUCGGCUGCUGAUCUAUCUACACGGUGGAUGAUGAGCUUAGGGUGACGUUAUGAGCCAAACAAGUUUCCCAAACUUUGGUUCGUUUGCAAAACGGAACUGCCAACCGUAGUUCACAAUCAACCAAGUAGAUAGGUCAACAGUUGAACGCUGAAGUCCUGAAAGUAAAAGCUUCCAUCAUUGCCACGAUACUAGUGGAGGGUCUCAGGUCUCUGGUCCUGGUAAGAAUUGGCCAUGGGAGCUGCGUCUCAAAAUACCAUAGGAGUACUUACAGCCGGCUAUAGAAAGCAAUAGAAAAGUUUAUAGCAGGCUAAAGAAAGCGAAAAAAGUCAUACAACCGGACUGUGCGAAGCGAUGAACAAUUAUACAGCCAGGCUAGAGUUCCUAUCGUCUGGCUGUAGCUUUAUCGCCAUCGACUAUAAUUAUAGCUUAAGCUUCUAUCGCCGGCUGGCGGUCUAUGGUACUUUGAAACAUAGAUCCUGUAGCCGAUUUUUACCGAGGUAGAGGUACCCUGCCGUACUGAGGAUAAAUGCCGAAAGGAGCGUUUGAAUGUUAUAAUUUUUUUUUUUUUUUAUGAUUGAUGAUUACCUGGAAAUUUAUUUUUGGAAGACGAUACAAUAUUAUUAUUAGGACUGCAUUUUGCAAUUCGGAACUAUAAAUUCUGGCCCGACUUAAAAACCACGUAUGUGCCAAUAGUUUCCCUAUGCACUAAAGUGUUUUUUUCAAAUGAGCCAGAAUUUAUGGUUCCAAACUGCAAAAUGCAGUCCAUUUGAAACUGUUAAACACAUCAGGUUGGAUUUGACCGAUUUAACCAAAAUCAACCUAACUACACUCCACAAUCCACGCUGCCUAAUGGACCUGUUGCAAGGUGCGGGGAUUUGCGAAUUAAUAACUAAUUCCAAUGGCAAACACGAAAAGAACGAUGGCACUAUUAAAAAAUCUUUAAAUCAUCUCCUAAACACAGAAAAAGCUGUUUUAGGAACCGAACCAAUCAAAGGUCACUUUUAUGCAGGAGCGGAUCCGGUACACCCGAGGCGUCACAGUACAUGACAAACCUGAAACCUGGUCUCUUCAUCAAGCGGUUACUGCCAAUUCCUCAUGGAGAAAUACAUUAGUAACGAUGAAGAGACAGAGACCAGGUUUGUCAUGUCCUGUGACGUCACAAAAGUACCGGAUCCGUUCCCGCGUAAAAGUGGCAGUAUUGAAAAUCCGAAUUUUAGGGCGUUUAUAGGUUGAUUUAUUGGGGGUCCUCGGUGGUCAAAAAACUCCAAGAGAAUUCCUGUGAUAUCUCUGGAUCCUUAGUUCUUUUGAUACAAACAAUAGAAAAAUAUGUUUGACAGGCCUGUUCCCUUUCUAGGUUUGGUUUUUUUUAACACAGAACCAAAUGAUUUUUUUAAUUGAUAAUUAAUUUUUAUUGGGAGACGCUUGAAGAAACGUCCAAAUGCUCACAAGGCGUCCUUUCUUAGCACGACAUCAACUGCAAGAAGAAUUGAGACUGUUGAAGUAAAUCUGCCCACUGAAAGAUACACAAACUUUGAGAUUUUGGAAAAAUUUUUUGCUGAUAAAAGUUCGCUUAUAAUUAAUGUAAAUUUGGAUUUUUACUGGUUCAACUGAUUUUCCUGUCUUGGAAGAAUACAUUCAAGAUGACUGCCAUAAAACGUCUCUUCCAAGAAGUCAGAAGUGUUAAAAAAAGAAAGAGGAUGCAUUACAGUAAUCCAAAAAUUUUGACUGUGCCAUUCUUAAAAUUUAGAGUGAAUUGAGAAAUUUACUCUUGAUCAGUUCUCUACCUAUUGAAAUUAAGAUACAAUACAAUGAUGUUUAUUUAUAAUAAAUCCUUCAAAAUCAUUUA